AGUGUAGGGUCAAAUAAUCAGUUUUUAUGAAAGAAAUAUGAAUUCUAUAUAGCUUCGUGCUGGUUGUGUGACUAGAUAUAAUCUUGGCUGAAUAGUUCAAUAUCUACGCCCACCUAUUUGAAUAAAGACAUGUGGGGAUGCUGCGGUGCGUGGAGAAAAGAGGGUUAAGUGUUCACGUGUUUGGACACUGCAGAAAAUAUUAAGGAGGAUUUUGUAUUAGUGGAAGACUUUAUUGGUACAUAAUUAUAUUGAUCAAGUCAGCAAUAGCUCUGAGUGUAUAUUCAAAAGGAAGAUGGGGAGAGAAAUGCAAGACUCACGUGACAAAUGGAGGUACGCCAUUCUCCUCAGUAAGUUUACAUUUAGCUGUAUAGAUGUCUCAAUCUCCAAAUCAUUCGGAGUUCUGAUUCCUGUCAUGGUAGUGGUUCUUCAAACCGACGCACGAACGUUGGGUUUCGUGUGCAGUCUCCCUUCAUCCCUCAUAUAUCUGGCAAGUCCUGUCGUUGCCUAUACCUUGGAUAAGGGUUGGAUGUCACCGCGGACGUGUGCUCUGCUCGGUGCGAUCUUCUCAUCUGCUUGUCUUGUGACCGGUGGGAUGAUCUCAUCCAUUCCAGCACUUGCCUUGAGUCUUGCAAUCACAGGCACUGGGUUGUCCAUGGGUUACCUGUCGUCGAAAAUCAUGCUGAACGAAUAUUUCAAAGGGAGUUACGUUUUGGCUGCUGGGAUCGCCAACAUGGGGAACACCACAGGCGCCCUUAUUGCACCUUACAUUGUGGAGAGGGCUCUUAGCGCAUACGGCUACGUCGGAGCUAUGGUCAUUCUAGGCGGUCUAAGUUUGCACGCUAUUCCAGCGAGCGUUGCUUUAAGAAAUCGCACAGAUGGUGUAGAAGAGAACAGAAAUGAGGAGACAGAGGAGAUGCCUACAGUGAUUCCGGAUGAAGAAAGGCCAUCUACAAGUUAUUCCUCGAGUUCAAGAAAGCGGACACACUCUUAUCGUAGACUCAUGGAAGAUGGAGACGACCGAAAUCUAAUUCCUGAAGCGGACCUUGAAAAUAGUCACGAUACAACCAGAGAGAAAUUCAGAUCAUGGCUUCAGAGUUGCAUUUGUAUAAAAGAACCUCUCAUGUGCGUUUCUUCUCCUUCUAUUUUCUUGACCAUGUAUGGACUGACCUCUUGGGUUCUGUUCUUGGUGCCCAGGGCCGAAUGGCACGGUAUCCCAGGCUCAAAGGCGGUGUUCUUAUCAACUCUGGCCGGUGCAGGGGGUAUCGUGGGACGGUUGGUUUACAUUGCGUUGAUCUACUCUGGUUGCAACGCCAUAGUCAUAUCGCUCGCCUUCAACAUCAUCACAGCAAUUACAUUUCUGCUUGAUCCGCUUAUUAAUACCUUUCCCAAGAUGGGCGCUGUGGCAUUUGCUCAAGGUUGGUGUCUCUUUACCUGUCUCGUUUCGACGUCUGCCUAUCCAAAGUAUGCUGUCGCUCCCGAAAACUUUACUUUCGCUGCUGGUCUUCAGGGUCUGUUGGCUGGAAUGGGAGGAAUGAUUGGCGGUUUCAUGUCAGGGUUCAUAAAAGAUGCCAGUCGAUCCUUCACUACCGUCUUCCUAGUUCUGGGGGGUGUAUUCGUCCUAAACACGAUGACUACAUCAAUGUUUUAUGCCGCCUAUCGCAGGAGAAUGACAGCGAACUCGUCGGAUGGAGAUUGAAAUUGAUAGCAACUGUACACGCUGUACACCUUGAAUUGGGAAAUCAUGUUUUUUUUCUUCUCUUUUUACCUUGAGAUGGACAUUAAACUGAUAACGAAUUAUCAUUAUAAUAGCCUCCAGUUUGGGGGAAAGAUAAUUUAGUAUACUGAUUGUUGUGGACUGUUUUAUGACUGCUAUGCUAUCACUAAGAAUACUCUCUCUAAAUAUAUUUUAUUCUAAAAAAACAACAAAUGAGCACACCUAGUUACCAAGAAUGCAUAAAGCAUUUCAAUUUAUUUAGAUAAAAGAGGAUUUUUUUCUUUUACCAAAAAAGCACACACCUAGUUACAAAUAAUGUAUAUAGUAUUUCCAUUUAUUUGAAGCAGGAUAAAAGAGCAUUGUAAAUUAAGUACCUUGCUCACAGGCAUAGGUGUCGCGGCCGGGGAUCGAACCCCGGACUUUUUAUGUAUAUCCAGGCGCCUAUAGACCACUCGGCCAUGGCACCUCCAAAGUGCAAGAGCACUGUCGAAUAAAUUCCUUGCUCACGGGCAUAGGUACUGUGACCGGGGACUGAAUCCCGGACAUUCUGGGCGCCUUUGACCACUCGGUCACGGCACAUCCACCUAUGUCUUGGAUUUGGCGCGAUCUUACUCCAGUUUAUUUUUAUUUCGGUUUCACUCCUAUAAGGAAGAAUGUACUAUUAUGAUCCAUCAAACUACAUUCCAUUAUUCAUCUGGUAUAGUCGUCCGGCGGCACAGAGCUCAGGGUUGUAGCGUGAUCAAUAUUGAAAUGUCCAAUAUUGAAGUCUUCUUUUUAAGUUAGAUUAUUAUUUUAUAAUAUUAUUGCUUUUAUGAUUAUGAAAUCUUUUCAAUAGAUUCUAAGCAGGUGAUAUCAAAUUAAAGAUGAGAAAUCCUA